GGCCCGACCAGGCAGAGCUUAGGAACCCCGGUUCCCGCCGGGGUUUGUGGUUGAGGGGGCCCGGUCUCCGCCACUGGGUCCGGGAAGAUGGUGCUGGGUGGUUGCCCUGUGAGUUACUUACUUCUGUGCGGCCAGGCGGCUUUGCUGCUGGGGAAUCUACUGCUGCUGCAUUGUGUCUCUCGGAGCCACUCGUUCAACGCUACCGCGGACCCGGAGCUCACAUCCGCUGGCGCCGCCAAUCCGGAGUUCUCCGCGGGUGCUUCGAGCUGGGAAUAUGGCGACCCCAACUCUCCAGUCAUCCUUUGCUCUUACCUACCCGAUGAAUUCAUAGAAUGUGAAGACCCAGUGGAUCAUGUUGGAAAUGCAACCGCAUCCCAGGAGCUUGGUUAUGGUUGUCUCAAGUUCGGUGGUCAGGCUUACAGCGAUGUGGAACACACGUCAGUCCAGUGCCGGGCCCUGGAUGGAAUUGAGUGUGCCAGUCCCAGGACCUUCCUACGAGAGAAUAAACCUUGUGUAAAGUAUACCGGACACUACUUUAUAACCACGUUACUCUACUCUUUCUUCCUGGGAUGUUUCGGAGUGGAUCGUUUCUGUCUGGGACACACUGGCACAGCAGUAGGCAAGCUGUUGACACUUGGAGGACUUGGGAUUUGGUGGUUUGUUGACCUUAUAUUACUUAUAACUGGAGGGCUGAUGCCGAGCGAUGGCAGCAACUGGUGCACUGUUUAUUAAAAAGAGCUGCUGCUAUGGCCGAGAGAGGCCAGGCUUCUGGAUUCGUCUCUACAGGAUCACACCUCUUCCUUGAUAUCAGACCUGGCCGUUACUUGCCCUCUUUGGAGAGAAUGGCUUUGGUUAUGAAGGCUUCUUUGGACUGUGGAUUUUCAACCCAAAUUUUGCCUUGCAAACUAGAUACGGCAAGCAAACACUCUUGUGGAAACCAAGUUCAAACCUUUCUUUAUGUACAAAAAUAUAAAGGCUAGCAACUAACUUAUAAGCUGUGGAAAGGUUUCUAUACUCUUUCUUUCUGUACAUGGCUAUACCAUCAAAUCCUUUGGAGCAAAGGGACCUAACAGGAUGAGCAAAGUGAAUAUUUUUAGCCUUGUGCCUUUUGUGACCCUGAGUCUCAUGCAGAAGAAAAUGGAAGCUGAACCAAUGAAAAUCUUCAGUGGAAGUAGAAAUGGCUGUGCAUUUUAACACAAUGCUGAAAUUCCGACUUUGUGAAUUUAAGCUGCAUUGUAAAUUUUGCCAACCUGGAAUGCUGUUUGGGUAUUCUCAGUAUGUAGAGUGAAACUCAAAAUUAUCUUUGUUGCACUACAAGCUAGUCAAUUGAAGUGAGCUACCCUAUUAAUGAACCCUAUUGUUCCGCCAUGAUUAUGCUUAAGAGGCAUAUAUAUACAUGGAAAUAUAUAUAUAUACACAUGGAAAUAAUUUUUUCACCCCAUUAUGGUUUGAAAGCCAGCAAUAUUAGACCUGUCUGGGUUAGGCUAUCCUCUCGACAGAAUUUUCCUGUCUGAAAAGUAGCAUUUACCAGUUUAGAGAGCCCAUGUUGUAGGCUGGUAAAAAAGAGAUUUCAUACAAGUGAUUAUAAAACUGUUCUUCAUGAUGAGGUAAGAUAAGGUGAGGAGCAUCAUGCUCUUGGAAGGAAAAACAGACUCUUAAAUGAUAGUAUUACUGGGUGAUGGGCAGAUUAGGAUGUGAUUUGUGAGGAGAAGGAGGAACUGAGGGCUUUAUGUCAAAAUAAGCUUGAUACCAGAAGCUCCCCCUGUGGCUACAGUCAAGAAGAAGCACACCCAGGCUUUUGUAGUCCCAGAUCACUGGGGAUGAAGGAAAUGUUUUGAGCAAGUGGUUUUAUAAACUUAGUUCCCAUCCUUUGCAAUCCAAGUUGAAAAGAACUGUUAAAUACAAAGUAAAGGAACUUUAUGGAUACGUCAACUAAAAUCCUGCUAUUUGGAAUAACUUAGAAAUUCUUGAAACAAUCAAGGUAGAACUGUCCAAAGUUUACUUACAUAAUAAUUGGCUUAAAGACCAAGAAUCGCAGUUAAAAUAACUGGAUAUUCUUCAUCAUUGUGAAAUGGCUGUCCAAAAAGUUUCAGCUUUAUUACGCCUGAUCAGUAUGAUCACUGUUCUUAUAUUAUUAAAUGGUGGCAAUUGUGUAAAAAGUAAAACAACUUAUUUUGUUCUGUCUUGAAAUGUCUGUACCACACUGACCUUAAUCUUUACAACAGUAAUUGGAAGACUUUUUAUUCAUAAUCUCUAUACUCUAAGGCAGUGUUUUUUAAAUUGUGGGUCAUUAAGAAACUGGACCCUCUCCCCAGAAAAGUACACAAACGCAUCAAAUUUUGCAUAGGUGUCAUAUUUAAAAUCUCACUUCUAAGAGAAGGCUGGAAAACAAACUAAAAAUAAAAUCUUACCCAGAGAAAUAUACCACCAUAAGCCACAAAUUCCGCCCCAUCUCACAACUUUUUUUUUUAAUUUCCUUAAAGAUAGUCACAAACCCCAUCAAAGACUUUUUUUUAAAAAAACACACACACUUUGGCAGCUUUCAGGCUCAAAUCAUUAAUGUUGCCAGGAGGAAGGGCUUCGGUAAAAAGUAAAGUCUAUAAUUUAAUUUAUUGAAGUAUUUAUUUUAUAGAAGCCCUUCUUGCAGUCAGAAAAGCUGUGGGAGAUCGAAGCUGUUUCCACUGCUAGAGUGAAAACUUGAGAAUCUUCAGUAAUCUUCGUGACAAUCCACAGUUGUUCAAUUCAACUUAUAAAUGAUAUCCAUCCUCUGUAUCCAUAAUAUGAUGCAACCUGACAAACUGAUUGC